AUAAUGAGAGCGAGAGAAAGAGAGUUAAGCAAGGAAAGAAAGGUGUAACAAUGAGAGGGGGUGGGUGAGGGUGAAAAAAAGCUAAACCUGUUAGGUGAGUUUACAUUGCAGAUGAAUAAUAGUAAAAUAGAAAAAGAAUGAGUGUUAGACAGGGGCAGAGGAAGUGUUUCCUGAACACCUGCUGUGGAGUUCUUUAAAAGGACUGUCUGAAAAAGCCAGUUGCAGAAAGAAGCAGAGAGCUACAAUCACAUCAGCCCUUGAAAUAUACAGAAUACAACACAACAUUCUGUGGACCGAAAAGAAGCAAAGGAAUAUACUCAGGCCGAAGCUACUCGCUGUUCUUGAAAAAAAAAAAAGAAAACCAAGUGUCCUUAACAUCCAACAUCCAACAUAAGCAGAUCUAAAGACUUCUAAAUACUAAGGACGCAGAGCGAGCUGAUUUUUUUAGCUGUCUUUUUUCGUUGUUGUUAUUGUUGUUUAUGGUUAGUGCUUUACUGGACAUUUUAUUUACUUUUACAUUUAUGUGACUUUUAACAGAACUUUACGCCACUGCUAUACAGCCACACCUCCACCCUGACAAAAAAUCUUUUUUGUUUAUGGAUUACGUAGAAAGAAUGCCACAUUACUGCUUGGAAAACCUUGAUCACACUGUGCAAGGGGAAUUACAUAGCUGACAACCUACCCACAUUUGGUAUGGACAUUUAUGUGACAGAAAUAUUGAACCUGAGCAUGAAACCAAAUACUAAAAAGAACUUGAAACAUUUGCUGACAAUCACGCUGUAAUGCAAACACUGUUCCUCAUUGUCCAAAAUGGAUAUCUCUGGUGGAUCUACUUGUGUGCCUGGACUCUCAGCCCAUCUAUCAGAAUCAGUGGCAAGAGCUGGAAAUGAAGAAUCUAUAAAAUGUUCUGAAGAACAAAACAAAAUUCAGCCAUGCACAGCUCCAACACAGACCCUGGUUAGGUUCAAAAUCCGCUCUGCCAAAGAAAGACAAGAUAUGUUAAAUAAAGGCAGUAGUUUUAAGGCUGAGUCUUUUGACAAAGGAAACAGAAGCUUGAAAGUGUAUAGAGAAGACUUGCCCAAAGUCCACACCAUUUCACCUCCAUCUCCAGAUACUGGUAUGAAUGACAAAAGAUCUAGAGCUUUGAAUCCGCUCAGUUUGACGAAGAAACCUGAACUGUCCGUCGGCUCUGAGACAUGUAGUACCGUUCAAAAGAAUCUACAUUGCAACGAGAGUCUCACUACAAAUCUGAGGGGAAGAACAGCGUUGAAACAAAUGUAUCAGUCCAACAGAAGUAAGAGCUUAGACUGGAGAGGAUUAAAACUUGAAGGAGGACACGAGAAUCAGUUGGAUGUUAGUAGCAAUAAUAAGGACAUUGAAGGGAGAGCCAUGCGACGGUCUGAGAGUCUAAUGAACUCUAAUGAACUGGGCCACCCAUUAAAGAGAGUCUCAUUACACAUUCAACCACUGAAUGGAUCUGGUCAAAGAAAGCAAGGCAGCAGUGGAUUUCUCUCUUCAGCAGUAUCUGGAACUUCACCUGUGAGAACAGUGGCUCUUGCCCAGUCUUUCCCAGCCAGAAUAAAAGCAAACCAAAGCCAAGACAGGAUAGAGGAAAGAGAAAGUCUAUGGUAUUCUGGAAAUAAUGCUACAACACCAGAUAUCGCAGAGCACCCUCUCAGUUCUCAAGUUGCUGCAACGAAGGUCAAGGAAAUCACUAGGAAUCAGACUGAUAUGGGCAGAAAUGGCCAUACUUCGUUAGAGGAUAAUAGUCAAACAAGUUCAGGAAUCUUUCAUAGAAUCAUCACCCCUACCCCUUUUUCCAGUGUUCAGGCUACUGAUUCAAAUUUAAAUCACAGUAAACCCACUAGAAGUUCAGUGGAUAGAAACAUAUCUGUUUCUUCUUUGAAAAAAAUGAAGACAGUUUCAUAUAACCCAGAAAAGUGUGGUACCUUCCCAAAAGCACCCUUCAAAAAAGAACAAAUGAAUUUUACUACCGUUCCAAACACUUCAGUUGUUUUACCCAAUGGAAAAGAUACUUUGGAUGCAAUGUCAACAGUGUCUACAGAGAAACCCCUUAGCCAAGAUUUUAUAUCCGCAGUGACCAAUAGUGACCACGAUGAGAGAAGACGGACUGGAAACGCUAUAGGACUAGGAACUCAAUCUUUAGGCAGAACAAGACACAGACAUUUUACAGCUCCUAUUUCAUUUUCAGUCUAUGGUCUGAGCGAUAGCAAUAGUAUCCAAAAAAGCACUAAGAGUUACACAGAGAGGCAAGAUGAAAAAACGACUAGUAAUUCAAAACUGACAAAAAGCAUGGAGUCAACAGCAAUUCCAGGAAAACAAUCACAGAGCUCACAGGAAUUUAAUCCUCAGAACAAACCCCAAUCGCACAAAAGUAUGACAGCAGACAGUGAAAAACUACAUCCAGAACAUGGGAUUGAUUUGGAGUAUGGCUCCUCAGGAAAUCCAAGCAAGGGCCAAGAGCCACCUUUGGCUUCGGUGCGAAACACAAUUCACAAAUUUGAGGCUCUUGCUCUACAAAGCCAGAGUUCUUCAGGGAUCCCUCAUCCCAGAAGGGCUUUCUCAGUUACAGAAAAACCAAGAGUGGUUCCCAGUCUGAAUAAGACAUAUUCAGAUAGGUCAUUAAGUAAAAGAUGGGGUGACUGGAAAAGAGAAAGCUUGAAGGAGAAUCUUUUCAGUAAGAGUGAAGUCAGCGAUGAGGCAGCAGCUAUGCCUGAUCUAAGUGGACCUGUCCAGACCACAACACAGGAUAAAGAUGGAAUAGCAAUGAAAGCACAAAUUAGAGGAGCUAAAAGUCAGGAGCAUGGAGUUGCACAGACUUUGAAACAACUGGAUGAAUUUCCAUCUAACCAGAAGAAUGAGAAUUUAACUACAAUGUAUAAAAAUGUGGAUGAGCCAGAUUUCUCCAAAGGCAGUGAUCUUAAAUCUUCUAAAAAGCCUAAAAACAUUGAAUCAUCUGAAGACAAAGUAAGGAAUUAUCUCAGUUCUACAGUGUCACCCGACUCCCAAAAGUCCAGCGGGAUCGCUAAUAUGUCCCACUCUGACCUUAAGAUCUCUAAUAUUAGGGAUAACUUGUCAACAAAAGAUAAACCGUUCCAAAAAGAAAUCACCACUAUGUUAGAAAAUUCAUAUUCAUCCACCGCAGUAAAGACACCAUCUAACCUGCUCAGUGACUCUGGAGGAAUCACAUCUAUCGAAGCUUUAGGUGAUUUCAGUAAUCCCUACAACACAAUGAAAGAUGAAAAAGUAGCUGCAAAAGUCAUUAGGUGGAUUAUGGAUAAAGGGGUCGAAGACGACGACGACGAUGACGAAGAAGACGAGGGAACCGAGAGAGGAUAUGACUCUGAUUCGGGGGAAUCAUCGAUAACCAUCACAAGCAACCUGAGCAAUAGAAGUUUUUGUAUGAGCCUUGUAGAGCUGUGCAGUAUGGGUGGACUGGACCUUCCAGUCUCAGACAGCAGUGGGUCAAAGGAUGAUGAUAACUGGAUGUCCAAGCGUACAGUGUCCAUGAGCUCAGAUGUUUCUGCCCUGUCCUCUGUGACAUUGCUGGGCAUGGACGAGCUAGAAUGCUUAUUGAAUGAUGUCCGAGGUUUGGAAGCUGAUGCAUUAGAGAAUUAUGAAGACGUACACGUGGUUGUCCUACAUAAGGAGGCAGGUAGUGGACUCGGUUUCACUGUGGCUGGAGGAGUGGAUCAGAAUAAACCUGUGACUGUUCACAAGGUUCUACCCACUGGCUUAGCAGCAAAGGAAGGCUCCAUCCAUGAAGGUGAUCAGGUGCUGUCUAUUAAUGGCACUGCUCUACAUAACUCCACCCACAAGGAUGCGCUCCAAACCAUGAGAAAAGCAAGGGGGCGUGGCAUGACAGUUGUAGUGAUCAGACGAGGUGAUGUCACCGAAACCUGCUACAGCUUAAAAGACAGUCCACAGAAAGCAGCUGAAAUCCCAGGCAGCAGAGUGCGUAUAACUUUGAAUAAAUCCAGCUCAGACCUGGGCUUCAGUCUGCAAGGAGGAGUGGGCUCCAGCUUAGGAGACAAACCCCUCACUGUACAGAGGCUCUUUCAGGGUGGACCAGUUGGGAAGGUUUUCCCAGGUGAUGAACUGCUGGAGGUAGAAGGUCAGAGUUUGGAGGGAUUAAGACGGCUUGAGGUCUGGUACCUGAUCAAGAGAUUACCCCCUGGCCCUGUGGAGGUCUUACUGCAACGUGCUCAGACGGGGUUUCAGAAUUAAGUGUGCACAGUUAUGAGUUAAUUUCAGAACUGCCCACACUAGUAUUCAUGUCUCAGACUUAAAUGCUGCUCUGGCAGUGGGUGAGCAUGUUCGCCAGUAACAAAGGCAUGUCUCACGUUCAUAAUUCUGACCUUAAAUGUAAGUGAACACAUUUUGCAAGAUAUACAGCUGAAAACUCUGUUAUAACCCUGACCAUAGCCUUGUGUCUAUUGUAAUUGCUAUGUUUCUGACAAUAAUGUUUCAUCAAAUGUAAAUGCACACAAAAAGAUGCUGAACUGCCGACAGUUUCAACAGUCAAAAUAUCAAGUCAAACACUUGCAUAGCUGAUGUGUGAAUAUGAAAAGCUUUCUGUGUAAAUAUUGACGAAACAUUUGAGUUUCUGAAGUUACCAUUUCCACAUACAGAUCUAAGAGAAGAAAAUAUAUUAGUAUUAGUAUUAGUAAGAAAUGUGUAUGAAUCUAGUUAUGAACUUGCCAUGCGCUGGUUUCUGGCUUAUUUUUCAGUCCUAUGUUUUGGAUCAAAAUGCACAGAUCCUAAGAAGAGUUAUUUUAUUUUGGAAUAAUAAAAAGUUAAUCAUAUUUUUUUAUCUAAAAUUACAAUUUUAGAGGAUUACAAAAGCACCACAAUUAAAAAGAGGUCUCUUGUUUUUUUGUUUUUUAUCAAAGAUAUGUUUAUUCAUUUUUCCUGAAUACAUAAAUUAUAUUUUGUCUAAAGAAGUUUACAUGUAACUAAUUGUAAUUUAAAUAAUAUAGACUUUCUAUACUGUUCCUCAUUUUUUUUUGGUUCGAUUUUACAUGUUCUUGUU